CUUAUUUCCGGUUAAAUGGCGGCGAAAAGUUGGAAGGUAUUCAUAUUCGGGUGAUAGUCUCCCAAGUACAACAUGUGGCAUGAGGCGAGGAAGCAGGAGAAAAAGAUUCGGGGGUUGAUGGUUGAUUACAAGAAAAGGGCAGAGAGAAGAAGAGAAUUUUACGAAAAAAUUAAACUAGAUCCUACCCAGUUUUUGCGAAUCUACGGACGGCCAUGCAAGAUAAACCUCGACCAGGCAGUGGCUAUUGCUGCGGAAUCCCCACAGAGCAUGAUGCCCUGGCAGGGACAGACGGAUAACAUGAUUGACAGAUUUGAUGUCCGGGCACAUCUCGACUACCUGCCACAUUUCAACAUAGCUGCCCCUCCUACACUGACUAGGCAUGAAGAAGAGGAAGAACGACUUUGUUGUUAUGAAAGAUACAGAACACUAGUUGAAAACGAAUGUUCUGGCUUGACUGAGGAACAGUGUCUACAACAGAUAGCGAUUGAUGAACAGUUUGGUGCAGCUAACAGAGCAUUUCAGAUUGAAGAAGAGAAGAAAAAACUUGCAGGGAAGAAGGCUGCCAUUGGUUACACAUAUACAGACAGUACUCCCGCCCCGGAGGAGCCAGAGGAGGAGGAGAAUGAUAGUGAUGAUAGCAGUGACACUGAUGUUGAGGUGGCCGACUUAGAUAUCACUCUUGAUGUUGAUACCCUGAACCCGGAGCAGUUGACCAUGUUGAAUCAGUGUGCUCAGCUGUUUGGCAUGAAGGAAGAAGAUUAUACUAGGCUGUUGUCUAAAGAUAAGGAAGAAAUCGAGGCUUUAAGGCAGGCGAAGAUGCUGGAAGAAGAAAAAGCUCAGUUUAAGGGUCGGAAAUCAAGGAGAGAAAGAAGGGCAUACAAGGAAAAGCGAUUGGCUGGUCGUAAGCUGAGUCCACCGAGUUAUGCUGCUCGAGACAGUCCCAAGUAUGAACCAUACAGGAAAAGAUCGUCCUCUUCAUCAAAGUCGAGGUCUCGUUCCCGCUCCAAAUCACCAGAGGCUGGAGGGAAGGUCAUGUUUAUCACGAGUUUUGGUGCUGAUAGUGAGGAGGAAGGAGCCAUCCAUGGACCAGCACUUCCACCUAAAAAUAACGAGAACAACGGCAAACCUGAGGCUAAAAAGUCACCAUCGUGUGAAAAGAAAUCUUCAAAAGUUAAACCUGAAAAGGACAGGAAUCGGAGGUCAAGGUCAAAAUCUCCUCGAUCAAGGUCACCACAAAGACAUAGCAGUCAUAGUUCAAGGACACCUAGAAAGAGGUCACGAUCAAGGUCAAGAGACCACGAUCGAGACAGAGAUAGAAACCACAGCAGUUAUCAAGGAAGGGACCGUUAUGGGCCCCCGCCGCCGCCGCCGCGAGCUGGCUGGCGGGACGGUCGAGAUUAUAGGGAUAGUCGAGACCAUAGGGAUAAUCGUGAUUUCAGAGAAAGUCGUGAUUAUCGAGAUAGUCGUGACUACAGGGAUAAUCGGGAUGGACGGGAUGGCAGAGAUCGUGGUUAUAGAGGUAAUUCUGAACGUGACAGAGACCGAGAUGGAAGAGAUAGUCGCGACGAUCGAGAUGGACGAGGCUAUAGGAAUAUUCGUGACAGCCGGGAUCGGGACGGGCGAGAUUAUAGGGACAAUCGUGAUGGCAGGAAUCGGAGAAAUUCAUCACCCCUGAAAAGUUCUUCAUCGAAAAGGAGAAGGUCCAGUAGCAGUUCCUCAUCUAAAUCAAGGUCAAGAAAGUCUAGAUCAAGGUCACGAAAGUCUAGAUCAAUGUCACGAAAGUCUAGAUCAAGUUCAACGAAGUCGAGGUCAAGAAAGUCAAGGUCAAGGUCACAAAAAUCUAGGUCACUGUCACGAUCCAGGAGGUCUGCAUCAAGAGGUUCAUCACGUUCAUCAAGCUCAUCAUCGUUUUCCAGCAGAUCAUCAUUGUCAAGGUCACCUUCCUCAAAAUCAAGGUCAAAGUCACCUUCACCAGUGCAGAGUAAACCGGACCCAGUAAUAAAGAGGUAUCGUCGGGAAAGUCUGUCGUCCAAAUCAAGUGACAGCGAGUCGGACGCGGAGAAAGAGAGCAAAUCUAUUAAACCCUCCAGGCCCCCUGGUGCAGCUGUGGUCGGUAAACUGACACCUCUAGCUCCUCAAUUAUCAGCCCGUGAAAAGCUGAAAAGAAAAAUGCAAGCAGCUUUAAAUCGACAAUAUAAAGCAGAUAAGAAGGCAGAGGUCCAGAGAAUGGAAAAGGUUGAACGGGAACGAGUGGACAGAGAAGAAGAGCUACGCCUUCGAGCAUUGGAGAUGCGGCGCAAGGAGAGGGAGCGUAGACACCGGGAGCGAGAGAAGGACAACAGCAGUAGUGAUGAUCAUGAGAAAGUGACGCAUUCACCGGUAUCAAGGAAACGUAACUCAAGUCGUAGCCCGUCUCCUAACCCAGUCAUCAGGCACAGAAAACGCAGGUCAAGAUCAAGAUCAAGGUCACCUCAUCGUAAUAGUAAACUUGUGUCCUACUGAAGUUCUCCAGAUCGUAAUAGUAAACUUGUGUCCUACUGAAGGUAUCCAGAUCGUAAUAGUAAACUUGUGUCCUACUGAAGGUCUCCACAUCGUAAUAGUAAACUUGUGUCCUUCUGAGUGGAAUACUGGCAAUAUGUCAAGGCUUUAUUCAGGACCAGGAUAUCUGGAGUAAACAUUUAGGACCUGUCUACUCAUAUUGGUGGUGAUUUAGGAUAUCUGGACUAAACAUCUUGGACCUGUCUACUCAUAUUGGUGGUGAUUUAGGAUCGGAUAUCUGGAGUAAACAUCUAGGACUUGUCUACUCAUAUUGGUGGUGAUUUAGGAUCGGAUAUCUGGAGUAAACAUCUAGGACUUGUCUACUCAUAUUGGUGGUGAUUUAGGAUCGGAUAUCUGGAGUAAACAUCUAGGACUUGUCUACUCAUAUUGGUGGUGAUUUAGGAUCGGAUAUCUGGAGUAAACAUCUAGGACUUAGCUACAUGUACUUGUACUGGUCGAGAAUAGAGACCCAAACAAUCUGCAGAAAACUCCAGGUCUCUUACUGAUAUUGGUAGAGAAUUGAUUGAGACUCGAGUAUUUACAGAAAACAUCAAGGUCUAUCUUACUCAUGUUGGUCGAGACCAGAGUAUUCAGACCUUGUCUACUCAUACUGGUGAUGAUUUGGGAUUCUGAGCAUCCUCAUUAAACAUACAAUAUGCAUCCAGGCAUGUUCUCACUUACUUGUGCUGGCCAAGUACCGAACCACCCUGAUCAUGUGUCACAGCUACUGGACAGAAAAAGGAUCGAGAGAUACACGGACCGUGUCUCUGAAGGAUUGUCCGAGUUAUGUGUCUCCGAAGGAUUGUCCGAGUUGUGUGAUACAGAGUAAUGAUAGCACUCACUAGACAUAUCAUUUACUUUCCCAUUUAGUCCUUACACGGUAAAAUCAGGAUUUCUUCACAACCUGGAGCAUUUCGGGGAGGAGAAAAUAAAUUGCAGCAUGUGGAGUUUUAAAGUACUAUUAUCAUAAAUCAUUCAAAUUUGAAGUUUCAUACAAAAAGUAUAUAGAGUGUUGGUCCCAUUGUGUUUUUAUGCAGAACUUGAUAAUCAAGGGGUCAGGUUGACACAGUGGUAACACACUUUUUUUUCACCUAGGGGGCUGGGGUUCGAUUUCCUUAUCAGACGUGAAAAGGUAUGUGGUCACAUGUCCGACCACGAGGAUUUCCCCCUGGUACUCCGGUUUCCUCCCAAAUUACGACCCCUGGUGCGUUUCCAUCCGGGCCAACAAGCGUGAUUAAUAUAAGUUGAUAUAACUUGUUUCCCAAUUGUUGUAAAAUAAAUAAAGUUUUAAUUUUUUUUGAUAAUCAGGUCUAAGCUGUACAAAUGCUUUGCUGUUUUUCUGUGUAGAUACUAGUAAAAUGGUGAUCUAGGGUUUACACGUGAUGUGUGUCUAUUCUAAAUAUACCUGUUAAUGAAUAAUUAAUCAUACGACUGGAGUUAAAGUUCCAGGUGAAUAUUAACUUUAUAUUAGAAUAUGGAAAGCUGCUCAAAAACCCUUUAACAGUUAUUCUAUAAAGUCGACCCGUGAAAUCAAUCACGGCUCUGGUAUGAAACUUUUGAAUUUCUCUUUAUUAUCAAUUUAGAGCUGUCGUCAAUGAUAGAUAAAUACACUAUUUUUGUAACGGUGAAAUAAUUUUGAAAUAAAAAAAGAGCCAAACCCCAGAUAUUUUCAUGUCACAUUUGCAGAAUCUUUGAAUUCUACAAUUUAGGAAUUUUCAUACAUGAAGAUUAACAGCAAUCAUGGCACUUGUUGUUCUGUUUUAUCAGAUUUUUAACCAUGAAUUGUUAUAUUAAGCUUGACAAGCAGGGUACUUGUAUGAAAAAGGUUUUUCCCUUUGUAAUUUGUGUUGACUUUGAUCAAAGAAAUUAUUAAAUACAAAAUUCUUGCUAUGCUUGAAAGUUUGUGAUAAUGAAUUUAGAAUUUAUGGCAUAAUGCUGUUAUACUCUAUAACAUAUGGGAGUGAUAUGCUGAAACGAGAUGUUCAGGAUUUAUGAUUUUAGAAGAAAUGUGUGUUCAAUAGUUAUCUCUUUCUGUACAUUUUCUGUUGCACUCUGAUAGAAUGUUUUUGUACAAUACAUCUGUGAAAGAUUGAGCUUACCGUAAAAACCUGUGUAAACUUGAAAAUGUCUCUACCUGUAUAAUUUGCACACCCCAACUUUAAACUUUAUUUUAGUACAAAAACACUGUGCAGAUUACACAAAUUUUUACGGUAAACUACAUGUAUAUGUAUAUCAACACCAUACCUUUAUAUUAUAGCAUCAAUCUGCGGCUGAAUAAGAAUUUUGGGGUCAUCGGUCAGAAUUAUAGGGUCAAUGGUCACUCUAGAUAAUUUUUGAUUUAAACUGAUUGUAUACACAUAAUAUUUACACCAUCUUAUUUAAACAUUAUGUUCUACUCCUGAUGAGAUUAUGGUGAUCAUAAGGGUCAAAGGUCACACAAUGUUAAGGUAAAGGGGUAAGUGGGAGGUAUAUCAGUUUGUUUUUAUUGUCUUGUUAUGUUACAUCCUUGUUACGGUACCCCAUUACUAUCCACUGCCGUACAUUCUCAGUGCUGUGGACAAUAUUGUCUACUGUUUAGUUGUAAUAAAUUUUAAUGCUGGCUCACUAUUUGACCUAAUUACAACUUAAGACAUUUGAUGUUGCCAUGACUAUGUAUAGCAAUUUUGGACUGAUGAACUCAAAACAUUGACUUCAUCUGAUUCAGAUUGUUCAUGGCUUCAUUGACUGAUAGGUCAAGUAUCUAGUAUUCUAACAGUCUUAAGUUUGUUAUCCCUAUUUCUCAGAAAGUUCGUAUAUCUUUCUUAGAUUUCAUAUAAGGUUUUCCUUGUUAUCAAGUUAGAGAGAAGGUAGAAAAUUAGAGGAAGGAUCAGUCUUACCUAUAUAUAGAAUAUAUAGAACCAAACAUUAAAUGAUCAUUCAGUGGUCGCACCAAGAUCCUUCUGGAAUCUCGUGUUGUUUUUAAGCACAGGCAUUUGGAUCAUAUAGCAAUUAGCAAAACUUGAAUAUCUAGCUCCCUACUGUUUUGCAAUUUUUCAAUUACCCUUGGGGUCUAAUUGAUCCACUACAGUAAGACCCGUGGUUGUUUUGUUCUUUAGUUGUGCAGAGUUGUACAGUAGUUAUAUUAACUUACCAUCAGAAGAAAUUCUUAUUUGUUAUUUCAAACUAUAUUUCAAUGAAAGGCUUUGUGUUAUUGCUGUAUGUAUAUGGAAUAAAGUACAUUUUGAAAUUUUA